AUGGCAGAACUGAAGACAACAUUUGAUUUAGAACCAAAUCCAUUCGAAAGAUCUUUCGCAACCAAGGAGACAUCCGUAUCCAUAUCUGAUACAUCCAUCAACCUUAAAGCUGCAGAAGCAGGAACUAAUAGUGGUAGAGAAUCCACCUCAUCGAUAUCUUCAUCCACAAAUAAACACAAUUUACGUAUUCCCAACAUCUCAAACCUAAACUCAUCAAACGCUAAUAAUAAUAAACUCCCAGGCAUAACACCACCUCCAUUAUUCACGCCAGGAGGAGGAAGAAGAUUGCCACCACCAUUAGGAAUGUCCCCAGGAGGAGGAGGGGUGAAUGAUCCUUCCACGGGUCUUACGGCUGGUCCAGGUCCAGGUCCAGGUCCACAUCCCCAUGUCCCACCACCUCCUGGUUCAUUAUCUAAUCCGGGCACGCCUGGAUCAUCAACGUUGUGGAAUAGCCUAUUGAGUACUGCCACCAACCACCAACAACAACAGCAACAGCAACAAUUACACAGUCAGCAACAGCACAAUGGAUAUAAUCAUUAUAAUAUGAUCAGGAAGGGAAGUAGCAAUAUCGUACCCAAUGCCAGUGGUCUAACGCCCAAUGAAUCAAAUGUAAGAAUGGGCCCAGGUGGUACUGGAAUAAGUAGUUUGGGAUUAACCCCUGGAGGAGGCUUGGCUCAUUUUCUGUUUGGUAGUCUGAAUGCAGUUCCUGGGUUGACAACUCCUGGUGGGGGAUUAUUGUUGAAUGGACCAAUUACGCCUGGAUUAUCGAGUUUAUUGGGGAUUGCGCCAACUACGACGAGUGGAUCUACUUCUGGUGGUGCUGCGAAUAUGUUGCCACCUGUGAAUAAUGCCAACGGAGGGAAUAAUAGUAAUGGCGGUGGAAUGAAUGCAACACAUCCGACUAUUAAGGAGGAAACUUAUACUCCGGUUGUUUCUCAACAACAACCACCACCACAACAACAGUCGCAACAGGAUGUUGGAAGAGAAAAUCAAGGAUAUGUGGAUGUUUAUGCAUCUCAGGAGACUACUACUAAGCAAUCUCCAAGAAAGAGAAAGAGCAGUAUUAAUAGACAGGAUUCGGAGCAGGCAACCAAGAGAGCCAAGGGAACAAGGGGAAGGAAGCCAAAGGAUGCCAAAACCAAACGAGACAAUAAAAAAGAAGAGGAAGAGAAAGAAAAUGAAAGAAAUGAAGGAGUGGAUGAUACAGAAGAUGAAAAGCGUCGCAAUUUCUUGGAAAGAAAUCGUGUUGCUGCUUCUAAAUGUCGACAACGUAAGAAACAAUUAGCACAAAAGAUGGAAGAAGAAUUAGCUUUUUAUCUGGCUGGAUAUCGAGAACUACUGGCCCAAGUUGCCAAUUUACGUAAUCAGGUUAUAAACCUAAAGGGAAUUCUUGUUGGUCAUAAGGAUUGUACACGGUUGCUACAAGCAGUAGGUGGGUCGGACGUGUUGGAUGGGAUUAUCCAACAGGCUAAUUUCGCUACUCAAGUGAGUGCAGGUGCGAGUGCUCACGAGAAUAUCACAUCUAUCCCAUCGACAAUUCCUACCACUUUGAAUAAUAAUAAUCAAAUCCAGACCCAGUCACACCAGCAGCAACAGCAACAGCAACAGCAACAACAGGGUAAUAUGGUUCAACAACCGGUACCAAUUGUACAAGUGACAAACUUAGGAACAACCGUUGCUACAUCAUCACAACCAUCCCAAUCGGGUCCAACUUCCGUAUCUGUGACUCCGGAGAUGUAUUCUACCUCACAAGCACAAAGUGGACUAGCACCAGCACCAGUAGGAGUGAAUAUUGUGGGACAUCAUAGUAUGACCGAUUUACCUGCUGCGGCGGCGGCUGCGAGUGCGAAUGAUGCGGCUAUGUUAUUGAGCAGUAAUGCGAUAGGAAAUGCUGGAAAUGGAGAUUUGAGGGCGAUAAGUAGUAUGUCGAAUUUAGCUGCUAUGAGCAAUCAUCAGAGACAGUUUUAA